CAAUUCGCCGUUUGAGUGUUUUAAGUCGAACAUUCUUCCUGAUACCACUUUAUCGCCACAGUGAGUUCAAAUUUGAAACCCACUCUUUAAGUUUCACCCCAAAAUUCACCCCCAUUUCUCUCACCACCUCCCCCUAGAUCUACUCAUAUCAUCAAAUCGCUGUUUAUCAUGUUAAAUUCAAUCUUCAACUGAAAUUUUGGACUUACUUAUACCCGUCAGUACAUCAAAGCAAGAUUACAUUGAUGAAUUUUUCCAACCUUCAUGACAUUCUAGUCAUGUUUCGUUAGGUUUUUGUGUGGAAAGAUAGUUUGUGUGUGUGUUUUUUUCGAUGGAAUUCACAGAACCUUUUAAGCAGACUGGUCCCUGCUGUUUCUCCCCAAAUGCUCGGUAUCUCGCCGUUGCCGUGGAUUACCGGCUUGUCGUUCGAGAUGUUUUGUCUCUCAAGGUUGUACAAUUAUUCUCAUGUAUGGAUAAGAUAAGCUACAUCGAAUGGGCUCUUGAUUCUGAGUACAUACUAUGUGGACUUUACAAGAAGCCCAUGAUACAAGCAUGGUCAUUAGCACAACCUGAAUGGACAUGCAAAAUAGAUGAAGGUCCAGCCGGGAUUGCUUAUGCCAGGUGGAGCCCAGACAGUCGCCACAUACUCACCACAUCAGAGUUCCAGUUAAGGUUAACAGUUUGGUCAUUAUUAAACACAGCAUGCAUACAUGUACAGUGGCCAAAACAUGCUUCUAAAGGGGUAUCUUUCACCAAAGAUGGAAGUUUUGCUGCAAUAAGCACGAGGCGUGAUUGCAAAGACUAUGUAAACUUAAUAUCUUGUCAAACAUGGGAAAUCAUGGGUGUUUUUGCUGUUGAUACAUUAGAUCUUGCUGAUGUUGAAUGGUCACCAGAUGACACUGCAAUUGUGAUAUGGGAUUCCCCUCUUGAGUAUAAGGUUUUGAUAUACUCUUUAGAUGGAAGGUGUUUAUCAAAAUAUCAAGCAUAUGAAAGUGGAUUGGGUGUAAAGAGUGUUUCUUGGUCCCCUAAUGGCCAGUCUUUAGCAGUUGGUAGUUAUGAUCAGAUGUUAAGAGUUCUAAAUCACUUAACUUGGAAAGUUUUUGCAGAAUUUACACAUUUAUCUACUGUAAGAGCUCCUUGUUCUGCUGCUGUUUUCAAGGAGGUUGAUGAGCCCUUUCAGCUUGAUAUGUCUGAUUUAUCUUUAACAGAUGAUUAUACACAACAAAAUUCUGAAUAUGGCCCACAAGGGCUGAUUGAUGUUAGAUAUGAUGUUGUGGAAUUGCCUAUCACCCUGCCUUUCCAAAAGCCUCCUGCUGACAAACCCAACCCUAAACAAGGAAUUGGGAUUAUGUCAUGGAGCAAAGACAGUGAAUACAUAUGCACACGCAACGACAGCAUGCCAAAUGAUGAGGUUCAUGAAGGCGAGGACAAUGCAAUUAAUAAGGAAGUCAAUGAAGAAGAGAAUCAUGAAAGAAAUGAAAUGAAUGAUGAGAAUGUAGAGAUGAGAGAUUUUGCAGUUGAUGAUGGAAGUGAAGACAAGACAAAGACUGAUGAAGAGAAUCAUGAAAUAAAUAAUGAGAGUGACGAGGUCAAUGAAGAAUUGGACGUUAUAGAUAAUGAUCAAUGGGAUUCACUGGAUGAGGGUUUUGAUAUAGAUAGGAAAAGAAGAGCUGUAAUAAAGGAAUUAGGGAAGGAGACAAGGUGCUCUCAAGGUAGAGCAGUUUCAGAUAUGCUUCUGAAUAAUCUUUGUGAAGUUUUUAAUAACAAAUUGAUUGAGGGAAGGGACAAGCCAUUGAUAACCUGCUUGGAAUACAUUAAGGAGUAUAUGAUGAAAAGAAUAUGCAAUGUCAUAAAGGUGAAAAACAAGAAGUGGGAAUUAAUAGGACUCUCUUGUAAACAUGUCAUUGCAGUGCUAAAUAACAAAGCAGAUAAUGGUGAGGAAGUUGGAGAGUUGCACACUUAUGCCUAUAGGGUGCACUGGCUAGAAACAUGGAAAGUAGCUUAUGUGUAUAAGUCUGGAAGGCCCAAGAAAAAGAGGAGGCAAUAUGUUGAGGAAAAAAUCCAGAAGAAGGGAGACAAUGGUGCUAGUGGGAGUUGGAGUCAAAGCCAUGUUGCUAGUGGGAGUGGAAAGCUUACACGAAAGUUUAUCAAAGUAACUUUCAGCAAGUGUAAAAAUAACGGACACAAUGUUAUAACUUGCAAAGGUCAAUGGGGUAAGUGA